AUGAUUGAAGUUCACUCCGGGGAGGUCACCAUGCUUGCUGCCCGCACUCUGAUCGCCGUGGCGUUCCUCUUUGUAAUCAUGAUAUCAGAGAGCUGGAACUACGAAGCCCUGGGACCUGGCUGUCACCUGCAUCCCUUCAACGUGACGAUAAGGAGCGACCGUCGCGGGACUUGCCGUGGCACGCACGUGGUCCAGGCCUGCGUGGGGUUCUGCGAAUCCAGCGCCUUCCCCUCCAAGUACUCGGUCCUGCUGGCCAGCAACUUCCAGCACAACAUCACCUCUGUGUCCCAGUGCUGCACCAUCAGCAAGAUACAGAAGAUCAAAGUCCGUCUGCACUGUGAAGGGGAGAGACGAGAGGUGAUUGACAUCUACACUGCGGAGGCCUGUCAGUGUGACAUGUGCAGGCUGUCUCGAUACUGA